UCAUUCAUGCGAAACUUUGUCAAUGGAUCCCGAGCAGCACAUUGCCAAUGGAUCCAAAACACAAGAACGUAACCCAUAUCUUUUUUAUCUUCUCCCGCUAUGAAGCUCGCCACUAGCCUCAGCUCCAAGUUCUUCCGUCUCAGCCCUAAACGUCUCUUCCGCUCCAAGUCCAAGUCCUCCGUCUCAAGAUCCGAACCUUCUUCCUUCAGCUCCGGCUCUUCAUCAUCCGACGGCUCGUACAGUGACCUCAAGCCAGGUCCCGCGGCUACUCCCGUCAGCGUCCUCCCCGGAGAACAAGAUUUUUACUCCGAGCUGGUCCAGGCCUUUAAGCUCAUAGACCGUGACGACGACGGCGUGGUCUCGAGAAGAGACCUAGCCGCACUGCUUAGCAGGCUUAGCCCUGAGCCUCCGAGUCAAGAAGAGGUCACUCUGAUGCUUCAAGAAGUCGAUGGAGGAGACCAAGAAGGUUGUAUCAGCCUCGAGGAGCUUGCUAGCCGCGUGGCGGGAGCCUCCUCUGACUCUGAUGAAGACUCUGUUGUCGAGAUGAGAGAGGUGUUUGAGUUUUUCGACGUGGAUCACGACGGGAGGAUAUCGGCGGAGGAGUUGCAUAGAGUUUUUGGAGUUAUCGGAGACGAGCGGUGCACGUUAGAUGAGUGUGUCCGUAUGAUAGCGACCGUUGACGGGAACGGUGACGGUUUUGUUUGCUUCCGUGACUUUUGCCGCAUGAUGCAGCUUCAAGGUCCAGCGAUGAGUGAAUGAUCAAAUCAUUGAGUCAUGUUUGUAUGAUUGAUGAUGAUAAUGACAUCGUUACGCAUUAUUUUAUAUUACUGUAAUAAUUUCUAUUUUGCGGUGGGUAUAAUUUUGUCACGGCAAAGCACUUCAAAUUUUCAUAACUGCUUUUUGCUGA